AGUCCCAACCACCACCUCCACCUCCACCUCCACCUCCACCUCUAUCUCUUGAUUCUCUUCUUUCAAUUCGCUCUCUCCUCUGUCUUGUUCCAAAUCGCAUCUAACCUUAAGAAGAUCUCUCCCUUUCAGCGGUUCCCUCAACAUUUUCACGCAUCGAGUGCUACCGGCAACAACGACCUGCGCCAUCCACUCUUUUCCGUCGCAUUUCCUUCCCCUUCCAGUCUUCAUCCCCUCCAACAAAAGCAGCAGUCUUGUAGUUGUAUCACCACCUCUAGUCGGCGGCACCUCUGCCAACCACCCGUCCUUCACUGCUGCUGCUAUUCUCGCCCAGAAUGAAUAAAGGAAGCGGCGGAGGUGGGCCUACAGCCGCUGCUGCUGCUGCUGCAGCUCAGAAGCAAAAAGCUCUUUUGCAGAGAGUGGAAACUGAUGUUUCCAGUCUCGUUGACAAUUUCACUGUCCUUGUCAAUGUUUCCCGGGUGAAUGACCCACCCGUUAGAAAUCAACAAGAAGCUUUCAUGAUGGAAGUGCGCGCAGCCAGGAUGGUACAAGCAGCUGACUCACUGUUGAAGUUGGUGUCAGAAUUGAAGCAGACUGCUAUAUUUUCUGGACUUGCAUCGCUGAAUGACCAUGUAGAACAACGCAUUGGGGAAUUCAAUAAGCUAGCAGAGAAGACAGACAUUACUUUAGGUAGAGUUGGGGAAGAGGCUGCUGCCACUCUCAAAGACCUUGAAUCACAUUUCUAUUCUUCUGCUGAGAAGGCCGCCCAACCUUCAUCACCUUGAGGCCGCCAUAAUAUUACGCUCUAAUCAUCUUACUGUCGGAAAAAUGUCUAGGUAUUUUUUUGGGGGGAGGGGGAAUGACUUCGGAAAUCAAGCUAGCAGAUUCUGAUUUGUAUAUGCAGUGACUGAGAACAGGGAUAGACUUCACUAAUUAUGUGUAAAAUUGGAUUCUGAUUUUUCUUUUAUUUAGUGGAGAGUUAAAAGCCGCCC